AUGGCCGGAAUAUUCCCCUCCCUCCAGCGAACCUACCUCGUCCUAUACAACUGGACCCUCUUCCUCGGCGGGUCCCAGGUCCUCAACAUCGCGGCCACUGCCCUCAUCACCACAAGCCACCUCUCUCUCUAUGUCGCCGUCGAAAACCCCCUCCUCCUCGCCCAAUCCGCCACGCUCUCAGAGAUCCUCCACAGCCUGACCGGAAUCGUCAGAUCUCCGGUCGCCGCCACCCUUUCCGAAACUCAUUUCUUAGUCGGAUCCCUCGUCGUCAGCUGGUCGAUUGUGGAGAUUAUCCGCUACUCGGUCUUCUGGUUCAAGGAGGCAUUCGUGCACGCGCCACCCGGGCUGGUAUGGCUAAGGUACAACACGUUUCUGAUGUUGUACCCUCUGGUGAUUGGUAGCGAGGUGGGGUUGAUCUGGUGUGCGCUGCAGUACAUGAGGAGCACCGUUAAGUACAGCGUGAGAAUGCCAAACAGGUACAACUGCUGA